AUGGCAACACUGGAAGCCUCCGCAUUCGGCCAAUAUCAACCCCCAAAACCACCCUCCAUCGAAGGCAAAGCCUUCCGCUUCAAGCCUCGCAUCGACUGGCCCGCUGCUGCACGCAGCGAGCUCGGCUUUUGCGACUCCUCCUUCCUGCACCCCGUCUUCGUGGUGCGCAAGCUAGGCCACGACCGCGCUGAAAUGGUCUCUCUGACCUCGACCCGGGACGAUGCCGUUGAUCCGCGGAACUACCUACAGAUCGCGACGCCGAACAGGAUGAAUAAGCAGACUGGUCCCAAGCUCAACCUCGUCAAUACCCCAGGAUGCGUGACGCAGCUGACGAAGACCAGCUGGGUGCGCUUAGACAAGUGCCGCGAGGUACCACUUGAUAUUUUGUAG